AUGGUCGUCGACGGAGGUUGGCAGUGGUCGUCGGCGGACGACAAUUAUCACUGGCGGUCGGCGGUUGUCGUUGGCGAUCAGUCGUUGUCGCCGGCGGCCGGCGGCGGUCGGCGGGUGGCUGAGCUGCAACUUCUCCUCAACUUCAAGCACCAUGACAGAGUCACAGCCUUGGAUCAUUGUUCUGUCGGGUUGGUCGGUCCUAUUCCUCCUUCCAUAUUCAAUCUCACCUUUCUAAGAAGGCUUGAUCUCAGCAUCAACAUGCUCUAUGGUGAGAUCACUCCAAUUAUGGCUUGCUUACCACGACUACAACAUCUUAACUUGAGCUUUAACUCAUUUGAUGGAGACAUUCAUGCUAUUCUGACGAUUAACCAUAGCUCUGUUCUCCAAGUUCUGGACCUUAAUAGCAACCAUAUGAUCACAGGAAAAAUGCCUCUUGUUAUAAACUCCAUGUUGCCACUCAAAUACCUCAAUCUCAAUGAAAACAAAAUUAUCGGCACCAUCCCACCUUCACUUACCAAUCUAUCCUUCUUGGAAACUUUUUAUGCCUCAUAUAACCAUCUAGAGGGAGGCAUCCCACCAGAGAUUGGUGUUCUUCAAAAGUUGAAACAUUUUAAUGUGGCUGCUAAUAAACUUUCAGGUAACAUUCCUUCUUCAUUCUACAACAUAUCAUCGCUGCUCAUCGUUUCGGUGACAAAUAAUUACCUCUCUGGUUACAUUUCAGCCAAUAUUGCCCAAGCUUUUCCAAACCUUCAAGCCUUUCUUAUUGGUAUAAAUAAUUUCCUUGGCUCACUUGAUCAAGCUCUUCAAAAUGUGACUAGCUUACUCCUUUUGGACAUUAGCAGAAAUAAUUUCAUAGGAGUCGUGCCACCAAACCUUGGGAAAAUGCAUAAUCUUAUAAACCUCGGUAUGGGAAGUAACCAACUUGAAGCAACUGAUGCAAAGGAAUGGAGAUUUCUUGAGUCAUUAACAAAUUGCACCAGUUUACAAAUGUUAGGACUUGAAGAUAAUAACCUUCGUGGAAGGCUUCCGAAAUCAUUUGGCAACCUCUCCAGUAAGCUUCAAGAAAUAACAUUAGGAGCUAAUGACAUUUUAGGAAGAAUCCCAUUUGAACUUGAUAGGUACACCAAUCUAAUUGCUUUAGGUAUGGAGCUGAACCUUCUCGAAGGUCCUAUACCCGAGACCAUUGGAAUGCUUGGAAGGCUACAAGCUUUAUUUUUUAAUGCGAAUGAUCUUACGGGAAUUAUUCCUUACUCCUUAGAGAAUCUCACAAGCCUUAGCGAAAGAACAAACAAAAAAGAUUUAAGAAAUGCUUAUGGUUUAUCUUUAAGCCCUCCAUUUCCAAAAAUUUCCUAUGCACAGUUAGCUGAAGCUACAAAUGCUUUCUCCACUACACAUCUAGUAGGAUGUGGAAGAUAUGGCUCUGUUUAUGCAGGCAACUUAAGAGAUUAUGAUUUUUUUGUGGCUAUUAAAGUGUUUAACCUUGAGGUUCAUGGAGCUUUGAAGAGUUUUACAUAUGAAUGUGAUGCAUUAAGAAGCAUACGACAUCGUAAUCUUGUACGAUUCCUAAGUUCGUGCUCGAGCAUUGAUAUUCAAGGAAAUGAAUUUAAAGCAUUGAUCUUCGAAUUCAUGCCCAAGGGAAACUUAGACAUGUGGCUCCACCGAGAAUAUGAGAUUGAUGAAGAUAAUGUUUUCUCUUUGGAAAAAAGAUUAAGUAUUGUCAUCAAUGUUGCAGAAGCUUUGGAGUAUCUUCACCAUAGUUGUGAACCACCAAUAAUUCACUGUGACAUAAAGCCGAGUAACAUUCUACUCGAUAAUAACAUUAAUGCACAUGUGGGUGAUUUUGGACUCUCAAGAAUGCUUUACGAGAAUGUGAAUAUAUCCCUUCAAGAUUGUUCCAACAAAAGUGGCAUUAAAGGAACUAUUGGCUAUAUUGCCCCAGAGAAUGGAGAAGUAGCUCCUAAUCAUAACAUGGAGAAGUAG